GUAACAUCUGUUGAUAGCUGCUAUGCUAACCUACCUAGCCGCUCGUUCUGUCUGACUGUGUUGCCAGUUUAUCGAUUGAACGACGAGGCUAGCUGGUUACCAGUUCACCCAGUGGAGGACCAUAGCGCUGCUGUGAACGUAAUGACUCACCCAUAUUUAGAGGUCAGGUGGUAUUCUUAGCAUUAGCCUGUGCGCCAAGCCAAAGUCCGACAGGCAGACAUGGAGACUCGGGGGAUUGAGGACAUGUUUGACUUUCGUCGGUUUCCCAAAGAUGCCGUGGCUCUCCUGCUGUUGCUCAUCUACUCCCCAGUUGGCGUUUGUUUGAUGCUGAUGCGGAUUUUUAUCGGCGUUCACGUUUUCCUGGUCAGCUGCGCAAUCCCAGAUAGCUUUGUGCGGAGGUUCGUUGUCAGGGUCAUGUCCUCGGUCCUCGGGAUGCACGUGCGACAGAGAAAUCCUCGCUCCCGGGAUAAAAACACCAAGCUCUGCGUAUGCAAUCAUGUGACAGAGUUUGACCACAAUAUUAUCAACCUCCUGACCCCCUUCAAUACUCCCCAGCUGGAGGGCUCCACGGGCUUCAUGUGUUGGGCCCGGGGCUUCAUGGAGAUCCACUCGGCCUCCAGCCAGGAAGCGGUAGGAGAGUCUCUCCAGAGGUACUGCUCCGCUGACGGCGCCCCGCCUUUACUCGUCUUUCCUGAAGAAGACACCACCAACGGCCGCGCCGGUCUGCUCAAGUUCAGCUCGUGGCCUUUCACACUGACUGAAUCUAUCCAACCUGUGGCCUUACGGGUGUCCAGACCUCUGCUUUCUUUGAGCACAGUAGAGUCCAGCUGGCUAACAGACCUCCUGUGGACAUUUUUCUCUCCAUGUACAGUGUAUCAUGUAAGUUGGCUCCCACCAGUUUCCAGACAAGAUGGUGAAUCUACGCAGGAGUUUGCCAACAAAGUCCAAGAGCUUCUCGCUAUUGAACUGGGGCUGGUCUCCACCAAGAUUACUAAAGCGGAUAAAGCAGAGCACAUUAAGAGGAAAAGACAUUCAGUACCACAAACGACUACAAGUGCCACAUCUGGCUCCAUCGGACUGGGCUUCAUGGCCCAGAGUCUGGGCUCAGAUGACCACCGGAUCACUAAGAUGGCCCAGCAGGUGAAGGAUGUGCUGCCACAUGUCCCAAUCAGUGUCAUUACAAAGGAUUUAGCUAAAACCAACUGUGUUGACACCACGAUAACAAACCUGCUAGAGAAUAGAGAGGAAGUGUCGAUGGAAGCUACUGGGACGUCAACAUACGGAGCCUCCAGGAUCAGCUCCUUUCCUUCUGGAUCCUCUCCUGCCAUAAAGCCUGCUGCCAAAGCGUUUGGGAGAUCGCCAGCUGACAGACACAUGUCUCUCCAGCAAAGAAAAGAGGCGUUGUAUAAUUAUGCGAGAAGACGUUACAUCGAGAAGCACGGACUGGACCUGGAAGACGGCCACUGAACAAAACGUCGGAUCAUUGGAAACUGGUCGGAGGGAGGGAGGCAUCUUCAAGCUGUCCUGCUGUCUACUUUUGAAAAGUGAUUUUUAUUUUCUAUCAACCCCGUCGAGCUGGAAAAGGAAAAACGAAAAAAAAAAAA